AUGAUUGGCUCAUUGAAAAUCAGUCUCGUCUUCAUUCUGCUGCUGUCCACGAUGGCCGUGCUGUGGUGUCACCCUACUCCAUCAUCUGAGGUGUUGGGAAAAUCUGAUUUCUUUCUCACGCUGCUGAACAGCUGCCCAACCAGGCUGGACAGGAGAGAGGGGCUAGCCUUUCUGAAGCCACUUUUGGAGAGGCCAUUUAUGAAGAGAUCCUUUCGCAAUGGAGUCGGCACAGGGGGGAAAAAAACUUCCUUUCAAAGAGCAAAAUCGUGAAUAAAUGUGCAAAGGACUCUAG